GCGCACUCCGCCGCGCACUGCAGCGCGCACUCCACCUCGGGCGCGCGCACUCCGCCACGCACUGCACCGUGCACUCCACCUCGGGCGCGCGCACUCCGCCGCGCACUGCACCGUGCACUCCACCACAUGCACACUUCACGCACUCCACCACACGCACACUCCACCGCACAUGCGUGCACUCCACCACAUGCACACUCCACCGCGUGCACACUCCCCCACACGCACACACUUCACCACACACACUUGCGCGCGCACACCACCACACACACUUCACCGUGCACUCCACCACACGCACACUCCACCGUGUGCACACACACACUUCACCACACACACUUGCGCGCGCGCACACCACCACACACACACACACUCCAUCAUGAGGGGAAAGUGGCACAGAUCUCACCUCACCGUAUGUCAACAUGGCACGAUACACCAUUUAGAUCAUCACAUAUUAUUUUACAGAGUUUCUUAGGGACUAAGGUACAAAAGUGUGACGCUAGACAGUGUUUCCCACAGACCAGGUAUCAAUUUAUGGUGCUCCACUGUGCUGAUGAGGGAAUCGUGGCGGUGGUGUCAUGGCGUCGUGAAACCGGUGGUGUCGUGGCGGUCGGUGGAGUCGGUCAUUGGGGUGUAUGCAAAGUGUUUACAGCGGGCGGUGUUCAAACACACAGUAUUUUUCUUCAGAGUCACCUGCUGGGACUAUUUUAAAGCUACAAGAAGCAUUUGAGAUUAUUCAGUUCAAUCUAAAUUCUUUUAAGUUCUUUAAGAGAAGACAGCUAAAACAAUUUUUACCAGAACCCUGCCUGGUUUCAUUUCUCGACCCAACUUUACAUUACAGCGCAGGCCAUUAGUUUGCUGGGCUUGAUGUUGGUGGAAAACCUGUCUUUUAAAUUUUUGAAAAUUACUCACCAAAAUUGAAGUUCAAGUUUAGUUUUUACUUUAGUUUUUUGCCUUUUUGGUGGCAAUCUUUCAAUCAUUCUUUAGUUUACAUUCAAGGAAUAAAUUGCAAAAAACAAGCUGGAGGUUUUUAUUUUAAAUAUUGAACUCAACACUUACCUCAACCAAUACUGAAAUGAAAUAAAUAGUAUAAUGUAACAACAAAAUAAUAAUAAAAUAGAUAGCAUCUACUAGGCAUCCCCGCGAGUAUAACAACAUUUUAUUUGGGCUAGUGGGAAAUCCUUAUUUAUUGUGAAUGUUAAGACAUUAUUAAUAACUUGCAUGAAUGCUGAAGCGGGAUAAAUGGGAUAAUGCAAUAAGGCCAGUUCCUCGCGUCAAGCUGCUACUGUCUGCAUCAAAAUUGGUUUAUAGCCUGACUCAGGGAUGUCCGUUUCCUGUAAGCCAAGAAGGCUAUGAUAAAGCUCAUCACGAGCUCGACAUAGGUUACCUUUUAAAAUAAGGGGUCGGAAGGCGAAUCGGGAAGGCUGCGUUGUUUUUAAUUAGCCUAACAGGCCACUUGCAGUCCGGGUAUAUGCGCACCGGCAGGCCUGUGUACACGCCCUUCCGUCUCUCUCUCUCUGUGUGGGUGUGUGCGCGCACGUGAACGAGAAGAAAGAGCACUAUGAAUGAACGAAACGAUACGCAACGGAAUUUUUCUUUUUUUUUUUCAAAAUCGCGAAUCUGAUUGUGUGGCGAUAGGAAUCCAUUGUGUGGCGCUGCGCAACACAAUGGUCUAUGUAUGGGAAACCCUGCUAGAGUUUGAGAAUUUUGUCCAGAAAUGAUAAAAAAAAAAGUUGCAGAAAUUAAGGAACUGAUAUCAAAAGGAGGUUAAAAUUAAACAUCCAAACCAAACAUGAGCUGAAUCAUCAUCUGAAUCACUGCUCACCUAUGGUUUAAGCCACGCCUCCUACCUGAGGAGCCGUGCUGGUCCAGUGUGACCCGGUUCAAUAGAGCGCAUUGGACCAGAGAUCCGUGUGUCUGGAGUCAUUCUGCUCAAAAGGUUGGGAUGACGGCAGAAUUCCAGGCCUCGUCCUGUAACCCUGCUGGUCAUUAGCAUGAGAGAGAAGCGUUUUCAUCAACUCAGGGUCAAGUGGUGAGAAAUUGGUGGGCUUUGUGACCAGACAGAGGAAGGUCAGAUGUCACGUGUCCUUACUCCUCCUCCUCCUCCUCACCCUCCUUCUCAGGGAGAGAUGAGCAGCGGCCCCGUGGCUGAGAGCUGGUGCUACACGCAGGUAAAAGUAGUGAAAUUUUCUUACAUGUGGACCAUUAACAACUUUAGCUUCUGUCGAGAGGAGAUGGGGGAAGUCCUGAAAAGCUCCACCUUCUCUUCAGGUCCCAAUGAUAAGAUGAAAUGGUGCCUCAGAGUAAACCCAAAGGGACUGGAUGAUGAGAGUAAAGACUACCUGUCUCUGUAUCUCCUCCUGGUUAGCUGUCCAAAAAGUGAAGUGCGUGCGAAGUUUAAGUUUUCUUUACUCAACACUAAGCGAGAGGAGACUAAAGCUAUGGAAAGCCAAAGAGCCUAUCGAUUCGUCCAAGGGAAAGACUGGGGCUUCAAAAAGUUCAUCAGGAGAGAUUUCCUUCUCGACGAAGCAAAUGGCCUUCUUCCAGACGACAAGCUCACUCUGUUCUGUGAGGUGAGUGUAGUGCAGGACUCUGUAAAUAUCUCAGGUCAAUCGAACACAAACGUGCUGAAAGUUCCUGAGUGCCAACUCUCAGAUGAUCUGGGAACUCUGUGGGAGUGUUCACGCUUCACUGACUGCACACUGUGUGUGGGGGGGUGCGAGUUCAAGGCCCACAAAUCCAUCCUGGCAGCGAGAUCGCCGGUGUUUAAUGCCAUGUUUGAGCAUGAGAUGGAGGAGAGCAAGAAGAACUGGGUGGACAUCAGAGACGUCGAGCCAGACGUCUUUAAAGAAAUGAUGGGGUUUAUAUACACAGGGAAAGCCCCAAAUCUGGAGAAAAUGGCCGACAGCUUGUUGGCAGCAGCUGAUAAAUAUGCUCUGGAGCGUUUAAAGGUGAUGUGUGAGGAGUCUCUGUGCAGCAGCCUGUGUGUGGAGAACGUAGCCGACACGCUUGUCCUUGCCGACCUGCACAGCGCAGAGCAGCUCAAAGCGCAAGCCAUCGAUUUUAUCAACAGAUGCAGCGUCCUCCGACAGCUGGGCUGCAAGGAUGGAAAAUACUGGAAUAGCAACCACGCUGCAGAUAUAAUGGAGACUCCGGGCUGGAAGGCAAUGAUCCAGUCUCAUCCGCACUUAGUGGCUGAGGCUUUCCGCGCCCUCGCCUCGGCUCACUGCCCUCCGUUCGGCCUGCCCAGGAAGAGGAUCAAGCAGUCCUGAUCUCUCUCUCUCUCUCUCUCUUUUUUUGCUGGGAGGAGGAAAGGAGACAACGGGGAAACACAUGAAGUCGUACUGCUCUCACUGAGAGAGCGCUUCCUGCUUCAGAUCUUUUACAUUAUUCCUUUCGUUUUUAUUAUCCCAGCUCUCUUCCUCAUUAACUGCCAUUCAUGCACUUUCUUCUUCCUACAUCUUUCUCACUCUCUUCAUCUCUCAUUAGCAUUCCUUUUCCUCCUCAUCCCCUUCUUUCCUGUCAUUGUUUCUCUUUGUUUAUAUUUUUCCAUUUAUUGCUCUUUCUUUCUGUCUCACUUCUUUCUUAUCGGUCUCCUUUUCACUCGUUUCAUUUUCCCUCUCUCUCUCUCUCCUCUCUUAUCGUUUCUUUCUUGUAUUAACCCCCCGCGCGCACGCACACAAACAUCUCUUCUCACUUUUCUCAUGUGACCAUUUCUUCAUCUGUUUCUCUCUUGCUGUGUCUCUUCGUCACGUCUUCUAAAUCCAGAGACAGUAAUGAGUGUGAACUCCGUCUCCUCCUGCAGCAAGAGGAAAAGCCCGAACCAUUGUUCCAGCCUUUCUCACACAGUACUGUAUGUUCAGUCUCAGAGCGUUAUUGUUCUUUCCUCCCUGCAUGUAGUCUCUCUCUUUCCUGUUCUCUGCCCGUCUCUCUCUCUCUCUCUCUCUCCCCCCUUUUUCUGCCCAUCUCUCUCCCUCUCUCCCAUUCUCUGCCCGUCUCUCUCUCUCUGCCUGUCUCUCUCUCCCCCGUUCUCUGCCUGUCUGUCUGUCUGUCUCUCUCUCUCCCCCAUUCUCUGCCUGUCUCUCUCUCUCUCCCACUUUUUCUGCCCAUCUCUCUCCCUCUCUCCCAUUUUCUGCCCGUCUCUCUCUCUCCCCUGUUCUCUGCCUGUCUCUCUCUCUCUCUCUCUCUUUCUCCCCCCCGUUCUCUGCCUGUCUGUCUGUCUGUCUGUCUGUCUCUCUCUCCCCCCCAUUCUCUGCCCGUCUCUCUCUCUCUGCCUGUCUCUCUCUCUCUCCCCCGUUCUCUGCCUGUCUCUCUCUCUCUCUCUCUCCCCCCCGUUCUCUGCCUGUCUGUCUGUCUGUCUGUCUCUCUCCCCCAUUCUCUGCCCGUCUCUCUCUCUCUCUCUCUCUCUCUCUCUCUCUCUCUCUCUCUCUCUCUCUCCCCCCGUUCUCUGCCUGUCUGUCUGUCUGUCUCUCUCCCCCGUUCUCUGCCCGUCUCUCUCUCUCUCUCUCUCUCUCUCUCUUUUCCACUCCAGCUCAGAUCAUCUUUAAAAAUUUUUUGGACAUUUUGGUGACAGAACCAGUCCAUGGACACUUGUUUUUUUGUUCCUUCCUCGUUGUCUCUGAUGGCCGUUAAAAUGAUCAGUGUUUCUUUGUCCUGUGCCUGCCUCGUCCCAAUCAGACCAGGCUGUUUGUUCCUCCGCACCUUUUGCACUAGCUCCCUGCGUCCAUCUGUUUUGAUAUGACGUGUAAAAGGUUCGUCUGAAGCAGAAACGCUGUAACGCUGUAUAAAUGUUUGGCCUGUUUUAACGCCGAGACAUUUGAGAUGAUCAGUGAAACGGAUCAUGCCCCAUAUUGAUGGCACUUUUCCUAUGUAAAGGACUUACUUGACUUCUAUUUGAAAAGUAAAUACUGUAUUUUAGCA